AUGGGAAGGUGCUCGAGAAAGCGCGACGGAUCAGGUGAGCUGGCGGCGGCGGCGGUGGCCAAGAGGAGGAGGGAGGCGGCGUUUGGAGAAUCGGAGAUAUCGACGUCCUCGGUUCAGCUCAAAACGCGCCGCUCAGCCGCGUCGCCGCCGGAGAAUGAGAUCUCGCCGGAGAAUUCGGCGGAUUCCGAUAGCUCUGCAGCCUCCUGCUGCUCGAGCGGCGGAUCGAGUGAGAGCCCGGGAUUUGCAGAUCUGAAGGAAAAUGCGGUGGCUGUGGAGUAUUUCGCGACAUCAGCUGGCCAUUCGGUGGAUUUCAGAGACAGGAGAGAGAAUUCGCCGUCGAUCGAGGUCCAGACCGAGUCGGGGGAGCUGGAGUCGACGGCGGGCCCGCCGAGUGCGCCUGAUUCCCGCCGUAACCCCACGGCGGAGAAAAUGCCGACGGAAGCGGAACUCGAAGAAUUCUUCGCUGCCGCCGAGAAGAAAAUCCAGAAACAAUUCCUCGAGAAGUAUAACUACGAUAUAGUGAAGGAUGAGCCAGUAGAAGGGCGGUACGAGUGGGUCCCAGUUGAACUGAAGCCAUGA